UGGUAAAUAUGAAAUGUGUCCCCACACAAUCCAAAGGCCAACAAUGGAUAGCUAACAACACUUGGUGUCAGUUUCAGAAUUUCUUGUUUUCCUGAUUCUGAUGAUAGCAAAAUCCAUAGCCAAACGAACGAAGCUAAACAAAAGAUAGAAAAAAAAGGGAGGAAAUGUUAACAGCACCUUCACUUUCCCGCUUUAAGUCUCCAUUUAUCAGCUCACCUCUUAAGCUUCCUCCUCUUUCUUCUUCUUUUUUCAUUCAGAAAUUUCAUCAAACACAUCGUAGGCGAAAUUCUUACCCAUGUAUUAGAGCUGUGGAUCUUGAUCAAAAUACGGUGAUAGCAAUUACAGUUGGGGUGCUCAGCGUAGCUAUUGGAGUUGGAAUUCCAGUUUUUUAUGAGACCCAAAUUGAUAAUGCUGCAAAAAGAGAGAAUACGCAGCCCUGCUUCCCCUGCACUGGCACUGGUGCUCAGAAAUGCAGAUUUUGCAUGGGUACUGGCAGUGUGACGGUGGAGCUUGGAGGGGGUGAGACAGAAGUCUCUCGGUGCAUCAAUUGUGAUGGUGCUGGUGGUUUGACUUGCACAACAUGUCAAGGAAGUGGCAUUCAACCUCGGUACCUUGAUCGCAGGGAAUUCAAGGACGACGAUUAGAUAUGGAAAAAUAUUCACCUUGGAUGUCACAACUUGUUUAUUGUCUAGAAGUCCUGUCAUUUUGACCUGAAUAUAUUGACAAAGAAUUCUGUAAAAUUCAUUUAUGUUCAUCCCCUCUCUCUGCCUUUCUCAGUUUUCACACAUUCCUUUCACCUUCUGUUCUUACAUGUAAUCUUUAACAAGUUGAGGAAUACAUGAUUUCAAUA